ACGCUUUGCCGACUCCGCUGGCAAAAUUGUUCGUGUCCAUACACACUCACAUCUCUAGGACUCUUGGGCUACGUACUCCAUCGACACCCGACUGAUGCACCGGGCUCUGCACAUUUUCGAAAUCCUUCUGGAGAUCUUCGCGCACGUCAAUAAAAUCCAGGACUGGCAAUUGUCGCAUCGCGAGUAUGUAUUCACGCGGAAAAGUGUUGCAGCACUUGCAAGGACAUGCAAAACAUUCUACGAGCCCGCAAUGAAUGAACUUUGGGCUGAGAUGAAUGGGUUAACACCACUGUUAGGAUGUGUAACGAGGCUAUAUCCAAUGAUAUAUUGUAGUGGUAAAGAGUACCUCUGGUUUAAUCCCCCAGACUUUCGAGGCAUUGAACCAUUAUCGGAGAAUGAAGGUCGUCAAUUCUUGCGUCACGCCGCCCGUGUGCGUUCAUUGCACCUCAUGAUGAAAGACUACUAUUUUCACCUUUUCUCGGUCCUCAAGCGCACAGUGCCAUGCAUGUUCCCGAGACUGCUGUCGUUAUCGAAUCCACAUCCGAAAAUAUACUCGGAUAUAUUCCUAUCCCCGACGCUGCGUCGUUGUGAACUAUGUGUCACUUAUCCGGAUUUGAAAGUUAUUGCGACCCGUUGUGCUACAUUGGAGCGCAUAUACAUCGAUACCCCUUUGGAGAGCAGAUACGUCGAUGAGAAGAUAGCAGAGGAACUGUCCCUGCUGUCUGACUGUCUCUGCUUGUGCAAGCGGAUUGCAACUCUUUCUUGUCCAUCCCUCGAUUUUGCUGCAUGGGAGCAUCUCUCCAACCUCCCUACCAUUCUCAGAGUCACAAUUCGUGGGGCAAAGAUAGAUCCUCCCCCAUUGGACCUCAGCGAUAAUAUCAGAUUCGGGCAUUUUCUCAAUCUCACAGCUCUUUCUUUUUCUGUAAACACAGAUACAUACGCCACGGCACUCAUGCAACACUCAGAAUUCCCAUCGCUGAAAAAGUUCGAGAUGCGUGUCGAUCGUUUUUCUUGGGCAGAGGUUGAACGGCUCGUUCGCGUGCUGUCCCAGCGCAAAGCAUGCCAGACCCUUGAACAUAUUGAGAUUCGCUGCAGCCGCAGUUCAGGAGUCCACAAUCCGCCGGGCAGCUCAUUGACAAUCACACACUUCCGUUGUUUCACACAGCUUCGAAGUCUGCGGCUCGACAUUCCUCUUUGCUGCAUCCACCUUGACAAUGUCAUUCUUUUGGAAGCCAUGUCAAGUUGGCCGCAUCUCCGCGUUCUGUCAUUAAAAGACAAUCGUCAGACUCGCGGUACCAUUACAUUCCGCGGAUUGUUCGCAGCGCUCCGUCAAUGCCCCCACUUACUUAGGCUCGAUUUAUGGAUAGACGCAGUAAAUAUCAUUUCCAUAUACAUCCCUACAAGAAUGGGAUGUGGAGUCCGCUCAGGUAAUGGAGGUUGAAGCUGUCGCUCGUAUUAUCUUCUCUAUGCUCCCUUGCGUACACACACUCUACUACAAAGCCAUGGCAAUGGACAGCAGACCCCCGUACGCGUGGCCCGAUGUUGAAAGGCAUCUCGACCAUCUCAAAUCUUCUGCGGUCCCUUAAUAUCGCAGGUGCAGGGAUCUGGGCUCAAGGUAUACGCAUCCCUAUGACGUUGCUAUCAAUACUUAAAAUAUGAAAGGUGGAGACGAGCAAGGGAGCUCUGUGAUGAC